UCUUGGUGCUGCAACCUGGCUCUCUCCUUUUUCUCUAUCCUCUCUUUCUUUGGUAGCUCCCUCUCCCAAAGCAGUCAAGAGCUAGACCCUCCCUGUCUCUCUAGCUUCCAUUCCAUUCCUUUCCUUGGUAGUACCUCCUCCGAUUCCAUUUCCCCAGCUGAGGUGCCGCCAAGUCUCUCCCUCUCUACCACUAUCUCUCCAAGCUCCAGCCAGCCGCCCUGCCGAUAUCUCCCACCAACUCUCUCUUUGUAGAUCACACCAUGAUCUUCCCUCCCGCCUUCCUAGAUUCAUCGAGCUGCUGGAACACCAACCACAACCAGCUGCAGCUGCAGCAACUAGCCAGUAACAAUAUUGCUGCUACUCCUUCACCGACUGCUGCUGCUGCUGCUGGUGGCGGGGGAGGCGGCAACAACAACCAUCCUUCACAAGACGGAUCAAUGGCCAUGACCACUGGAGGAGGAGGCGGUGUUGAAGGAGACGGUGAUGGCGGGCCGAACAAGCCUAUGUCGAUGUCGGAGCGGGCGCGGCUGGCCCGGGUGCCGCAGCCGGAGCCCGGGCUCAACUGCCCACGGUGCGACUCCACCAACACCAAGUUCUGCUACUUCAACAACUACUCCCUCACCCAGCCCCGCCACUUCUGCCGCGCAUGCCGCCGCUACUGGACACGCGGCGGCGCGCUCCGCAACGUCCCUGUCGGUGGCGGAUACCGCCGCCACGCCAAGCGGAGCACCAAGCCCAAGACAUCCGCUGGAGCUGCGGCAGCGGCAGGGACGUCGUCCGCCACGUCGACAACGCCCAGCAGUGCUACUAAUUUCACCGGCAGCGCCACGGCGGCCGUGCCGCCCGGGAUGCAGUACUCCAUGUUCAGCAACAGCGCGCCGCCGCAGGGCCGGUUCGCCGACAGCUUCGACCCGGCGAGCCUCGGGCUCAGUUUCCCCGCGAGGCUGCUCUUCGGGGACGGCAAUGGCGCCUACGCCACGGACGGCGGCGUGCACCACCAGCAAGGUCACGGGAACGCGAUGGAGCAGUGGGCUUCAAUGGCGCAGAUGCAGGGCUUCCCGUUCCUGCACGCCAUGGACCACCAGAUGGCCGGGAAUCCACCGCCAACAACAAUGGCGGCAAUGCAGGGCAUGUUCCACCUAGGGCUCCAGAGCGGCGGUGGACGUAGCAAUGGCGAGGACGGACGAGACCAUCAGUUCCACCACCACGAGACGCCGCAGGCCAAGAGAGACCACCACCAUCAGCAGCAGCAGCAGCAGGAGCAGCAGGAUUACCCAAGCGGCAGGAGCAUGUACGGAGACGUCGUCAAUGGCAAUGGCGGCGGCUACAAUUUCUAUUCAAGCGCUAGCAAUGCAGCUGGUAAUUAGCUAGUUAAUUUACCGCGAUCGUUCUUGUGUGCUUCAAGAUCGAGCUAGACCGAUGCAUGGUGAAACGGGCUGGGGUAUGUAUAAAAUCUUCUGGAUAUGUGUUACAAGAACUCGACGGCGAUCGAGAUCUCUAGAGGAGGGAGGGGGGAUAUUAAUGCAUACGAGAUUUAAACUUUUUUCCUACAAGUACGUGUUUGAUCACUACCUUUGUAGUACUAGUAUUGUUUUUGUUGUUUAAUUAUUAUUAGUAGUACUCCUACUUAGCAG